AUGCUUGACUUCUUUAUUACACUUACUCAUCCAGGACAUAUUCUAGGUGAACCUAUUCAAGGGUUUGUCACUGUCACCACAAACUCUCCUACUUUUAUUAAAGGAAUAACUGUAUUUGUUGAAGGAAUAUUCCACACACAUUAUACUGAAACAAUAACAACCACUGAAACAGAUAAAAAUGGACGUCAAUUUCAAACUACUCGUGAAGUUGAAACACCGAUAACUACAGUCAUUUAUUCUUCACCAAAGUAUCCAGUUCUUGAAGAACUCCAUAACCACAAUAUUGCUUUGACUACUGAAUUAGCACCUGGAAGUUAUAGUUAUCCAUUUGUUAUGCAAUUACCAAAAGGAAUCCCAUCGUCAUGCUUUUUUAAUGAUCGUGAUGUUAAUGUACAGUAUAUGAUUCGUUGUGAAUUAAUAAAGAAAAAUGGUUCAAAAACUAGAUCUAAUGGAUUUGUGAUUCCAUUGUGUGUCAAUCCAGAUUACCAUUUACCUCGACCACGUGUAUUUUGUGAUAAUAGUAGUGGUGCAAAUAUUCAAUUAACAUUAAGUGAUGACACUCCAUCUGUUGGUGAUAUAGUUCAAAUGACAUUACAAUGUACUAACCUAUUACGUGACCAAUUAGAACUAAAAGCAAGUUUUGUUGCUACUCACAACUAUAAAAAUACGAAUGUUAAUUUCCGUUCUUCAGAAUUUGUAUUUCAACCAAUUUUAAUGCAUUCAACAUCAACUUUAGUUGGUUCAUUAACUAUUCCAUUAAACCUUCCAACUACUACACAUUCUGGAGAAUUUUCUAUUAACACUUAUAUCAACAUUCAUGGCAAAGCUGGUAGAAAAACUAUUAACAUUUUAUUCCCUAUUGAAAUUGGAUAUGAUAUUAAAGGGCCACAACUUAUGACAGAACGUUCUCGUUUAUUUGGUGGAAGAAGAGACUUCACCAAAACAACAGGAUUUUAUGGACCUCAUUUUAGAAUGCCACCAUCAUAUCAAACAGUAGUUAAUAGAGCACUUGCACCUGGUAUUGAACAAAUAUUAACUGUUGAUCAACAACCAUAUUAUGUUUCUCAUUUUACAAGACAAACAAGUCUUACUCCAGAUAUGAAUAAUCCCUGUGCACUUCCAUACCCAAUUUAUAAUGCUGCUAUGUUACCUCCAGGAUGGUCAAUUGGACAAGAUUAUGGAGAAUGGUAUUUCAUUGACCAUAAUACCCAAACUACAUCAUGGAUUGAUCCACGUCCAUUAGAACAAAGAAUUAUUCCACAUAUUGCUCAAGGGAAAGAAGCGAGAUUUGAAGUUGAGAUUGUUAAAGCUAUUGGACUUCCAGUAUUAGGAUGGGGAUGUCCAGAUCCAUAUGCAUGUGUUUGGGAUAAUAAUGAAAAAUGGAUUAAAACCAAUACACAAAGUAAUUCAUUAGAUCCUGUAUUUACAAAGAACAACAAAAUUAGUAUUAUUGUUAGUAAGGAAAGAACAAAUGUUGUUGUAUAUUUAUAUGACUAUCAUAGAAUUGGAUGGGAUGUAUUUAUGGGAGCUGUUAAUUUUGAUUUACAAUAUUUCCCACCAGAUGUUAUUAUUCAAGAUUGGUAUCAAUUAAGUAAUUUUGGAAAUAAAAGUACAGCAGUAACUGGAAAAGUGUUAUUAAAAGUUUGUUAUAAAGUUGGACAAUCAAAUGAAAUACCAACUGUAAUAAUUAAUGGACAUUCUCCAUUAUAUCGUGAUUAUUAUCCUGAUACUUGUGUAGUUAGAGAUCAAAUUAAAAAACAAAAUGAAUUAAGAAAAAAGAAGAAGAUGAGGGAAAAUCCAAUGAUGGAUUAUGAAGGUCAUAUCAUUUGUAUGACGCCAUUCCUUUAA